UGAUAGCAAAUACAAUUCGAUUUUAGAUGACGGGACGUGGGCCGCCUAGCCAAUCAGCUCUCGCUACAGCCCUGGGGGGCGUGUCAGCCCAGGACCAAUCCGUGGCCAAGGAAGGUAGAGCAGGGAGGGGUAUCCGCGCUAGUCCGUGGAAGGUAACGGCGCCAUGAAUAUCUUGCCCAAGAAGAGCUGGCACGUCAGGAAUAAGGAUAAUGUCGCCCGCGUGAGACGUGACGAGGCCCAGGCCCGGGAGGAGGAGAAAGAGCGUGAGCGGAGGGUACUUCUCGCUCAGCAAGAGGCCCGCACAGAAUUCCUGCGUAAGAAAGCCAGGCAUCAGAACUUGCUACCUGAGCUGGAAGUAGCAGAGGCAGGAGACCCAGGUUCUGGCCCUGUGGACCUGUUUCGGGAGCUGCUGGAGGAAGGGAAAGGGGUGACCAGAGGCAAUAAAGACUACGAGGAAGAAAAGCGACAGGAGAAAGAGAGGCAGGAGAAAGCUCUGGGCAUCCUGACGUACCUGGGGCAGAGUGCCGCGGAAGCCCAGACGCAGCCCCCUUGGUACCAAAUCCCCCCGGAGCGAGGGAGCCCCUUACCUGGGCCAGGUCCGGACAGAAAGCUCAAGGACCGCCUGGACCCUCUGCGGGAGCUUCAGAGGCACUUAGGGAAGAAGAGAAGGCACAGCGGUGGUGACAGCAGCCACGGCAGAAGGAAGCAGCAGGAGCGGCCCCAGGAGCCGCCAUCCCUGGACCAGCUUCGAGCUGAGCGCCUUCGGCGGGAAGCAGCCGAGCGCGCUCGGGCAGAGGCCUUGCUGGCCCGGGCCCGGGGGGGCGGCCCCCCGGAGGAGCAGCCCGGAGAGAGCGAGCUGGAUGAGCGCCGGAGGCGGUACAACUCCCAGUUCAAUCCCCAGUGGGCCCGGCGCCCUGCAGCGGGACCCCCACCCGCUCGCUGACUCCAGGGGCACGGGAGAGGGUGCAGCUGCCAGCCGUCAUAUAAAACUAUUUAUUCAUAAAUAUUUUCCAAAAUGAAAA